AUGGUGAAAGGACAGCCCCUGCGCUUGUGUUCCAAGUCGCACAGUUGUGCUACUCUUUAUGCCGGCCAAUCCUUUAUGAAGGGUCAGUAUGUGAAACAAGAACCCGAGAACAUCGAGGACGACCUACGUGCAACCUUGCUGCAACGAUCUGCAGCGACGCAGCGGCUGGCUGAGCUCAGAGACAAGGCUCGAAAGAUCGAGUCCGAGUUGCCAGUCCUGCCUCGGAAGGAGGCGCUUGCAUCCCCGGUGGUGCCAGCUACCCGGCCUGUUGCCACCCCAGCCCGUGGAGUGUCAACCGAUGCUCAACCUGGCUCGCAACAGCUUUGGGAAGCAGCCUUCCCAAACAGGGCUGAGCCUGAUGGGGACGAGUCAGGUGUGCCUGGCUUUAUGGAAGCGGAUCGUGCCGGUGGGGGUCCCGCCGGUUCAGCUCAGGUUUCCGAGGAGCCUCCGAGAACCGAGGUUCUUAGUGGUGAUGUGGAACCCAGACCUACCCAUGAGCCCGAGCCCACUGACUCCGACGAUGAGUUGAUUAUGGAUGUGGAUUGCGACAUGAGAUCCAAUACGAUCCGCAUCACCGCCCGCGAGUACAGAAAUUAUGUGAGCGACGAUGUUGCUGAGCGGUGGAAGAACACGAAAUCCCGCAAGCAGCUUAUCGUGGCACUCAUAAACUGCAAUGGCGACAAAGAUUCGUUCAAUCAGAAGAUGGAAAUCGUGAUCCGCAACAUCAAAGAGGGCAAGGUGGUCAUUGACAGUGGCUACUACACAGAGUCUGCGAUGAAGACCGAGCUGAAAUUCGACAAGGAUCGUGUGAAAGCCGUAAUCGCAUACUGCACCGCGAGCAGAGCUCGCCGCCGGGCUUUGACAAGGCGAGACAAGUACCAACGCCACCUCAUCGAGUAUUGGAUCGAUGUGCGGACUAGUGGGUCCCUGUCGCGGACCACGCAAGAACAGUUCUCUCAGUAUGUUGAGAUCAUCGACGAUCAGGUUUCGUUGCCCCCGCCUAUGCUUGGAACCGAAGCCCUCCCAUGCUAUGAUGAAGACGAACCCGAAGAUGAAGAAACGGGUGAUGAUGAUGAUGCAGAUCGUGAAGGCAAAACCGCCACUACGACCCCAGCGAGCAAGCGCAAGAGACGAGGAAAAACUCCAAGCCCCAAGGCGAAGUUGCUAAGCAGGCAAAAACGAGAAAAGGCAGAGGCCGUGGAGACCGCUUUGGAGGACAUCGAGAAGAUUCCGCAGGUCUUAGGGGAGAUCCUGAAAGUCCGAAUCAAGAUUGACAACACCCUCGAUCUGAUGAAAGGAGACGGGGAGGAGAUCAUGGCGCUGCAUGAUCAUCUCGCUGAGAUCAAGUGCGAAAAUGGCAAAGGUGACCCAAAACCGGAGACAAGUCGCAUCACGAUGGAAGAGAAGAAGCUGAAAAGGACUGUUCUGCGCCCCAAGGGAAAGGCGAAGGCCAAAGGCAAAAGCAAGAAGCGCGAGCCCCAUGAUGAUGAUGUGCUCGAGAAGUUGAUCAACGACCGCUUGGUCGUGCAUCCACGGCCUUGGCGAAAGCUCGUGGAGCAGGGAACUUUCAAGAAGGAAGGGCUGUCUUGUCCUGUGCCUAUUGAGAAAAUCGAUGUUGGUCGUGGCACAAUGCACCCUGUCCUGAAGCUGAAAGAUUUUAUCACAGGAUUGGCUUCGUGUGGCAAGCUUCCAUUGCUGUGGGGCUCCAAAAAUGCAACUGAUCGUACGGACGUGCUGUCAAAGUUUUGGAGACGGUGGAGAGUCCAUGAUAGAUCGCACGAGGUCUACGAGCAUCAUGGCAAGCACCUAGACUUGGUCUUCCCAAUCCAAGUGCAUGCCGACGAGGGUCAAUCGGUCAAGAAGUCGGGGGUCAUGGUGCUGAACUGGCAGUCACCCAUCGGCUUCGGGGUCUCGACGCAAGAUGAUUGUGCAGCAGCUAUGUCCGUCAACUUUGUUGGUAGUUCCUUCGCAACUCGCUUCAUCUACACUAUAUGUCUCAAGCGAUGCUAUUCCAAAAAGAAGCGCUAUGUCUUGGACGGCAUAUUCGAGAACUUAGCUUCAGAACUUGUGGACUUAUUCUACAAUGGCGUUUCUGUCAAGAUUGGGGAUCAGGAGCUAACCCUAUAUGCAGCUUUCGUUGGUCUUAAGGGGGAUUGGCCAAUACAAGCUCGGAUGGGGAAUCUCGUCAGGCAUUUUGCCUGUAAAGGUGUUUACGAAGUGAGUGAGAAGAACAAAGGGUUUUGCCACCUCUGCUGUGCUGGUCAGAUGGGCUAUGAUCCAAAUGACUACGGUGAACGGGCUGCAUGGAGGUCAACUUACCUGACAACUCGCCCCUGGAGUGAGGAAGGACCUCUUUGUAAAGUGCCACAGUCUGCUGCCAAAGAGUUCAUCCACAAGUUCGAUCUGUUCCACACCCUUCAUAAGGGAGUUUUUGCUGAGCUGGCUGUUGUCAUCACCGACUAUGGGCUGGCUGGCACAGGCGACAUUCCAGUUCAACUGGACACGAUAUACCAGAUGGCCAAGGAACACUGCCGAGCUACAAAGACGCCCUUACACAUGGAUGGCCUGACGCGACAUCUUCUCAAGUUCUCAGCGGAUUACGAAUAUCCAACAGGGUCGGUUGACACCGGAAUAGUACAGGACGGCCAUCGCUGGACGCUAUCUCCACUAUCAGAGUCAACGCAAAUGGAUGAAGACCUGGUGGGGAAGGUGUCAUUGAUUACGACCAAAGUCUCUUCGCGAGCUCUUCACACUCAGACGCUGCAGCGGUACUUGAUGGAGGUUUCGACGCAUCUCCGGGAGUAA